ACCUCACCGCCUGGAGAACGACACUCACCCCUCACCGCCGAUACAAUUAGACGUUAGAGUCACGGCAAAAAUUUCCGUCAAAAAAUAUAUAAAACAAUAGAUCGACCAACGUUGACGUGUCCCCUCUCUCAUUUUUCAUUUCUCUUAAAUUCUCUCUCUCUCUCCCAAUUUCUCUCUCUCUCUCUCUGCUGGGUUGGUGCUUGAGCCUGGAGGCGAAGAACAAUAGCUGUCAAAAAGAUAUUAAAGAUAUUUUCUAGAGGGAUUCUAAGCAGAUUGGGGGUCUACUUAGAUCCAGUCUCUGGUAUCGGGGAGAUGGGGUGAGCAAGAAAUGCCAAGCACACAGGCAUCCACUAUCCUGCAAAUGUGGCGGGAGCUCGAGGGUGAGCGUGUUGUGAGUAAUUCCGUUGCCAGAUAUGUAGAUAGAGAUGGGCAGUUGAGGAGUGAGGGGUCGAAUCCGGAUUCUGUGAUCAGUUUUGAGUUAGAUGGGCAGGGAAGCAUCAAUGGGAAUGAUAGUGUGGAGGAUGCUAAUGAGACUGAGAAUGAAUACGGGGCAUUUGAGCAGAUAGUGUUGGAGAAUGAGCAUCACGAUGGCACGAGUGUCGUCUCGGACCAGUCCACUGAUUUUACGGAGAUCGAAAGGGAAAGGGUAAGGCAAAUUUUCAAGGAAUGGAAAAACAAUGGCGUAAAGAGCCAUUCGAUGAACAACACCAUACAUAUCAAUAACCAGUCUAGGGCGGAGUGGUUGGGUGAAAAUGAAUGUGAACGAGUGAGAGUUGUAAGGGAGUGGGUUCAAAUGAAUAUUCAGCAGAGAGGCACAAAUACUUCACAUAGAGACGAAAGGUGUGCUGAAAUCGGCUCUCAAAUUGAACAAGUGCGUGAUGGGAUGCCUGUCAACCGCUCUGAAACUGGGGAACGAAGAGGCUUACGAAGACUUUGUGGCAGACAGGCUCUUCUUGAUUUGCUGCUGAAGGCUCAGAGGCAAAGGAAAAAAGAACUUCAAUGGUUGAUGGAGCGUAGACCUGUUUCAGACUUCGCUUACCGCAAUCGCAUCCAGUCAUUACUCAGAGGCAGAUUCUUGCGAAAUGAGAGAUCGGUUCUUGAUGAAAAACCUGCUUCAGUUGCGGCAAGUGAACUGGGUGUACUGAGGCAAAGACAAACUGUAUCUGAUUUGAGGGAAGGAUUUUUGUCUAAAUUGGAUGAUGGCAGUAAUUGUCAAGUCAACAGUAGCCAGUCUAAUGGCUGUCCCAAUGCUGACCAUGAUGAUUUUGAAACUAUCGAGUCUCAAUCAAACAAUGGUCAGGAUGUCAUAGAUGAAUGCUAUUACCAAGAUAAGCUUGCUGCAGAUAAAGGUGGAGAGAUUAAUGGAUCUCAUACGGUGGGUAACUCAGAGGUGGAGAUAGUUGCGGAAUUGAAUCAACUUGAAGCUCUAGUCCAAACAGUUGAAACAUCAGAACAAAGUUUAGAAUAUGAGGGUCAUGUACAAGAAACAUCAAACUUUCAAUUUAAUAGCACAGUACAUGAUCAAGAACAGGAUUCCAUCCAAAACUCAGGAGAGGAUGAUCUUAAUGAAGGAUCGCAGGGUAUUGUGGCUGAGGAGGAUAGUGAAGGUCAAGGGCUACAUGGCCAUGAAAUUUCUGAUCAGUAUGAUGCACCCAAUGAGAUAAAUGAUGUUCAUGAGGUACAUGGUGUAGAUGUCUUGGAAAGAAACAGCAUUAAUGAUUUUGGUUGGCAAGGCAUUGCGACCCCAGCAGAAGAGUCACAGGAAUUGGUGACAGAACAUGAAGAAACUAAUUUGCAACAAUUGUCCACUGAAGAAUUCAGGGAAUGGUCAGAAGUUGCUCAAGAAGAGACAAGUGGAGGUUGGGAGGAAAGUGUUGCUGACCAAUGGUAUCAAGAAAGCCAGGAGAAUGAUGUUGAAGAACAAAGUCAUGUGCAAGAAUCACAUAAUGAAUGGCACGACAAUGAUGGUCUACAGGAGGAAAUUGAUGACUGGUUAGACGAGCAUUCUACACAUAAUGCUGCUCCAGUUCGAAGUGUUGAUGCAUUUUACAUCCCGGAUGACGAUAAUGUUUACAGCAUGGAACUUAGAGAACUACUCAGCAGGAGACGUGUUUCCAAUCUACUUCAAAGUGGUUUCCGUGAGAGUCUAGACCAGCUGAUACAGUCUUAUGUGGAAAGGCAAGGGCAUGCUUCUUUUGAUUGGGAAAUAAAUGGAACUUCAUCCUCCCCGGGUGACAUUGAGCAGGAUCAUCAGCAAGACAAUGGUAAUGAGGAUGAAGACGAGCUAAAUGGUAUAGAAAGAGAUCGCCUUGAUAUGACUUCACCAGAUUCUCUCUCUCUGCCUAUUUGGGAACAGGGGUUGCCAGAUUCAAAUUUGUUUCACCACAACCCUCAUCAGCAUCCAGGAAUGGAAUGGGAAAUAAUCAAUGAGUUAAGAAUUAACAUGGUUAGACUUCACCAGAGGAUGGACAAUAUGCAGAGGAUGCUAGAAGCAUGCAUGGAAAUGCAAGUUGAACUGCAGCGCUCAGUGCGGCAAGAAGUUUCUGCAGCAUUAAAUCGAUUUGCACCAAAAAUUGUUUGGUGUCAUCAACCAGAUGUGGACGUGUGUGACGACGUUCACCUGAAUGAUGUAUCUAAGUGGGACAAAGUAAGAAAGGGAAUUUGCUGCUUGUGCUGUAACAGCAACAUAGAUUCCUUACUCUACAGGUGUGGGCACAUGUGCACAUGCUCAAAAUGUGCAGAGAAGUUGGUCCAAGGACAAGGAAAGUGCCCAAUGUGUCGGGCGCCAGUAAUUGAGGUGAUCCGAGCUUACUGUAUACAAUAAUGGAGAAUAGUAGGUUGAUCUAAAGUCUAAACCAAUAAAUACGAGGAAUAUAUUGCUUUCAGAGCACACCUGCUGUUUUAGGUCUAUCCAGGGAUGGCUGCUAAAUUCAUCGUUUAAGGUUAGAAUAAGCGGGUGAAGCUUCGUUUCCUCCAAACCCUAAUAUCGCUGACGGAGUUUUUAUUUUUAAUUUUUGGUGAAUGGCUUGCAACUACAAUCAGCAUACUGUUGCUGGGUGUGUGUGCAUAGAACAAUGAGGCAUAUUCACUGUAGGGAAAACAAAAAAAAAAAACAUCUGGAGACAUCAAUGUAUUUAUACCUUGUAAGAUGCUCAAAAUGUGUAAUGAUUUGGACCAUGUAUCGUGGCAUAACAUUUAACUAAACUGGACAGGAAUAUUGCUAUGGAUCAUAAUUUUUAAGAUAAUGGUCCUGUUUGGUAAA